AUGAGGCCAAUGACGUCAUUCAUACUUCACCUGCCUGUUCUAACCUGCUGCGUUCUAGGAGCCCUUUCCGUGCUUUCCUCCUCCCAUGAGAUUUCUGAGAAUUCUGAGAACGGCCCGAUCACCUCCUCCCUGAUUCAAGCUUCCUCUACUGGUGCUACUGGUAGUAGUGAUGCAUCCAGCAUCCCCCUCCUCCACCACUCCUCCCGCUCUCUGCUUCAGCUGCGCCACUGUGCCGCCCAGGCCUGUCCGCCCUACCUCUGCUGCUCCUCCUCCUUCGGCUGUGGCCUCGGCUCCGCCUGCCUCACUGACUGCCUCUCCGGCCCCUGCGAAACCGCUGGUAACAUGGUUACCAGUAAUAGCGCCACUGGUAACAGUGCUGCUGGUACUGGUAACACUGUCGAUGGUGCCACUGCUGAUGGUAGUACCACUGGUGGUGGUGGUAACCCUAGGGGGCCUCGGUUACAACCCCCUGUGUGCUGCACCGCUGCUGCCUGCGACAUCGCUCCCAUUAUGGCAACGGAUGGGUUCUCUGUGGACAAUAAAAUAGGAGAGGGGGCGUUUGGGACAGUCUACCGUGCACUUGCUAUUCCUGUUGCUGAUCUACUAGGCGCCAUGUCAGGAAGCAGGAGAGGAAGGAACACAACAGCUUCUGGGAAGGGGGUGGAAGGAGGCGGGGUGCGGAAUGAGGAGUUGUGGGCGGUGAAGAGGGCGAAGAGAGGGAGCAUGGGACCAGGAGGGGCGUUCGAGCGAGAGGUGCGGACCAUCUGGCGCUUGAACCACCGCAGUCUGGUGUCGCUCAUCGGGUGGUGCGCAGAGCAAGGCGAGCAGCUGUUAGUGUACGAGUUUGUGCCCAACGGCAACCUCUAUGAGGCUCUGCACGACCUCUCCCGGCCCCCACUUUCCUUUCUCCAGCGUGUGCACAUAGCCCUGGGCGUUGCACGCGCACUGCACUACAUACACGAGCAGGCACGGGACCGCAUGCUUCACAGAGACGUCAAGUCCCUCAACAUACUUCUCACUGCCGAUCUGCAGCCCAAGCUGUCUGACUUUGGCCUCUCCCGCAUGCUGGAAGGAGGGGAAGCGAGUUUCUUCACACACGGUAACCAUUCCUUCGGUGUUACCACUCUUGCUGACUGGGCUCGCCGCAUGCUCUCCCACGGCCACCUGGCAGACAUUCUCGAUCCCCGCAUGCCACGUCAGCUGCCUGUUCUGCCAGCUCAGCUGGUUGAGUUUGCUGACGUGGCAGUGUCGUGCACGGACCCGAUUGGUUACCGCAGGCCUGGUAUGGGAUCUGUGUGCUCGCGCCUGGAGGCCAUUCUUCACUCCCUUGCUCCCACACCCACCAUGCCUCACCAUUCCCCAUAUCAGCUCACUUCAUUAUCAGCAACAGCACCAUCUUCUGACGGUGCUGCAUCUACAGUAGCAGCACCUUCUGGUGAGGAAUGUUCACGUAUUGGGGCCUACAGCACAGGUAUUCAGAUUCAUCAGGGCAGCGGUACCAGUGGAAGCAGUGCCAGCGGCGGUGGUGCUUACCAGCAUACUGCUGUAUGGUCUCUUUGUAACCAUUUCUUUCUCAGCUGA